CAUCACAGAACCCAACAAGAAACGUAACCAUUUUCGAACUAAUCCUCGGAAUCCGAAUGCCAACCACCCCAUCCCUGGAAAACCCAAUACCCGCUUUGGGUUCUCUUCCUCAUUCUCAUUUGUAGUACUUUGUGUGAAGUUUUUGGAGUCAUUUUCCGUAUAUGAAAAAUCAAAACUCGGAACUGUUUGAUCAGCGGACGAUAAUGGACUUCGAUUUUUCUCCCUCCAGUCACCGUGGGUCGGCUUCCGACUUCAACUUCGCUUUCGCCUUCAACGACAGCAAUUUCUCCGACCGGACCCUGAGGCUUGAGAUUCUGCCCGACUUGCCCGACUCCAAAAGUGGCGGUGAGAGCUUUAGCAGCGUGGUGGAUUGGGCGCGCAAACGCAAGCGGCGCAGAGAGGAAAUCAAUAAGGAUAAUCCUGUGGAUGAGCUUAUGCGUCGUGAAGAGCAGGCUUCGAACUGUAAUGUGCUGGAUACUGAAGAUGGCCCUGUCUAUGAUGAGGAAGCUGUGGCAAUGGUUGAGGAAACACCAUCAAGGAUUGGAAUCAUGAUAAAUCACCCGGUUGCUGAAGCUACUGAGGGCAAUGAUCCAUCCUUGAACACAAACAGCUCAACUGUCCUUCAUGUUAAAACAAUACACAUCAGUUCUCCAAUCUUGGCAGCAAAAAGUCCCUUUUUUUACAAGUUAUUCUCGAAUGGUAUGUCAGAGUCCGAUCAACGGCAUAUAACUCUACGUAUCCAUGCCUCUGAAGAAGCUGCCCUCAUGGAUCUCCUGAGUUUUAUGUAUAGCAAUACUUUAUCAACAGCCACUCCUUCGGGCUUGCUUGAUGUGCUGAUGGCUGCUGAUAAAUUUGAGGUUGCGUCCUGCAUGAGAUAUUGUAGUCGAGUAUUGCAAGCUCUACCCAUGACAUGUGAAUCCGCUUUGCUCUAUUUGGAACUCCCUUCUAGCGUUUUAAUGGCUGCUGCUGUUCAAUCUUUGACUGAUGCUGCCAAGAAGUUUCUUGCUGGGCGUUUCAAAGAUAUAACCAAGCACCAAGAAGAGGUGAUGAACUUGCCUCUUCCGGGAAUUGAGGCAGUUCUGUCCAGUGAUAGCCUUCAGAUCACUUCUGAGGAUGCUGUUUAUGAUUUUUUGUUGAAGUGGGCUCGAAUCCAUCAUCCAAAUUUAGUGGACCGACGAGAAAUUCUGAGCUCACGAAUUUAUCGCCUCAUUCGUUUCCCCUUCAUGUCGUGCAGAAAGCUGAAAAAGGUCCUAAAUUGCACCGAAUUUUAUCCUGACCUCAUAUCCAAGCUUGUACUUGAGGCUCUCUUCUUCAAAGCAUCGUAUCGGCAGCGCUCCCUGGCUGUUGACGAGGCUAAUGUUACGUAUCAUCGCUUUUUGGAGCGGGCGUACAAGUACAGGCCAGUUAAAGUUCUUGAGUUUCAAUCACCCUGUCAGCAGUGCAUCGUUUACCUAGAUUUAAAACGAGAGGAAUGCUCGAAUCUCUUUCCUGCUGGUAGAGUGUAUUCACAGGCUUUCCAUUUAGGCGGGCAGGGCUUCUUCCUCUCGGCUCACUGCAACGCCACUCAAUCCCUGGAUGUUCUGCUUCACGAUCACGCCUUCAAGGCCUUGGUUAAUAAUCAUACCCGCCCUCGUACCGGAGCUCUAUACGACGCUACCCUUCCGGCGAGCCUGGCCGGGAUGAAGCUCUCGGUGGUGCGGCUGAGAAGCCGGACGUUGUGGAGAAAAGGAGCCAACUUUAGCCAUUUUCAUAUCCCGCCUAAGACUCUUCCCAUCCCAUACGUUCAUAGGCUCAUCAUUGUCUACCACGAUCUCGGCAACUGGUCUUCUGUCUACUUCAACGUCUCGGGCUACUCUAUGAUGAGUCCCGUGGUCGGUUUCAUGGCUUAUGAUUCUGAUUUCAUCUUUAGAAACUUUAGCCGGCUCGAAUUUAACAUGACACGAGAGCCAAUAUCGGUCCAGUUCAAGGGUUUAAACGCGGGGAUCCACGAAAGAACUAAAUGUGCGAUAUUUAAUGGUAGAGGAGAAGUUUCUUUGAGCAGUAUAGAGGGUCUGAACAUUUGCUACACGAGAGGUCCGGGACAUUUUUCCAUUGUGGUGCCGUAUAAGAAGAAGAGGAGGAUGAAAGAAUGGUCAUUUUGGAUGAUUGGAUUCGGGUUUGGAAUUGUGGGAUUGGCCAUGGCCGGACUAGUGGGAAAAUUCUGCAUUGAAAUUUUGAAAGGUAAGAGAAUGUGGGAAAUGGAGAAAGAAGCAGAUGAAGGUGAAUCCAUGGAUACCAUUUGGAUUGAUAAGAGUAGAAUGCCUCGUGCAACUACCACUCGAACUUAUCCUGUACUAGAGAAUCCAACUUUUUGAUACUGUUUUUUUUUUUUUUUCACAUUUUUGUGCAGCCUAAAUACAUACAACCAUGUUUCAUAUUCAGUUUUAUACUAAUGCAUAAGCAAUGCGUAUA